CAGUUGAUCUCUGAUCCAGUCCACAUUCUCCGCCCAUUUAACUAGGGGAACUUAUGGUUGGCCAUAGUUGCAUAUGCGCGACUUGAUGAUCACGGUGGAUGGUAUCUUUGAAACGACGUGGAAGGAGUCCCUGGCUGAGUAUAGAGCACUUGUAGUCUAGAUAGUUACCUACCUAGCUUGGAUUUUUUUACCGAUCUUUGUAUUGAUAUGACUAACUUCACCGCGGGAUGACAUCAACUCGUAAUGUAUGACAGGAGUAGUUUUCCUUGCUCUCCGGCGAGUAAUAUGCGCUGUUACGGGUCGAGAAGAAAUUCGUUUCCCAGCCAGCGUUAGCUAGCUAGCAAGUUGUAUAUUGCACAGUCGCUAAUAGGCUAGUCACUUCUUCCUGUUCGACUUCUGUCAUAGCUGCUCACAGUUUUUCAACAGUGAAAAAACUUAAUAAAACAGUGUUUUAGCUACAUGUUGUUAUUUGGUUGUUGGCUAAUUACGCACUGAAAACGUUAGGCUGCUAGGUAGCUGUAUGGGCUAGUCAGUUAGCUAGAAUGGGAUUCGCAAGAAAGCCGUGGUUUAGCUAGCGAAGUUAACAUGCUAGCUGGCAACACAAAGAUAAUUUACGGCGGAGGUUUCAUAUGUCGUAUUUAGUAAGUCGGUUAGAUAGUAAGUUGACUAGCUGGCUAGCAAGUUACCUUCGUUUAUAGAAAAGACGUGUCACUGAUUAGCUAAUGAUUGACAGGGUGUCGACGGACUGCGCUUACCACAGCAGGUAGCUAACGUUAGCUACCCGGGCCGGUGUAACGAACCGGCAAGGUAGUGGUUUGCUAGUUAGCUAGCCUAAAGUCAUAAACAAAACGGGGACGAGAGAGAAUAAGCUAUCUUGCUAGCGUCAGCUAGCUAACUAACUCAGCCGAGAUGGGUUCUUUAUUCCGGAGUGAAGAGAUGUGUUUGGCCCAGCUGUUCCUUCAGUCUGGGUCUGCUUACGACUGUAUCAGUGAACUCGGAGAGCUGGGGCUGGUGGAAUUCAGAGACCUAAACCCAAGUGUCAACUCCUUCCAGCGCAAGUUUGUCAGUGAAAUCAAGAGGUGUGAGGAGAUGGAGAGGAUUUUGGGCUACCUGCUACGUGAGAUCAAGAAAGCGGAUAUCCCACUGCCAGAGGGGGGCGUCAAUCCAGUCGCCCCUCUUCCCAAACACGUACUAGUGAUAAUGGAGCAGCUGCAGAGGCUAGAGGUGGAGCUGAGUGAGGUGACGAGGAACAAGGAGAAGCUGCAGAAGAACCUGCUGGAGCUGACCGAGUACACUCACAUGCUGCGCAUCACCCGCAACUUUGUGCACCGCAGUGCCGAGCGUGAGCCCUUGCAGGCCCAGUAUGAGGAGUUUCCCUUUCUGGAAAAGGACACAAUGAUGGACUACACCAGCAUGCAGCGGCUGGGAGCCAAACUUGGUUUUGUCUCUGGCCUGAUCCAGCGGGUGAAGAUCGAGGCCUUUGAGCGCAUGCUGUGGAGGGUGUGUAAGGGCUACACCAUCCUCAGCUACUCUGAGAUCGACGAGUCCCUGGAGGAUCCGGACACUGGUGAACUCACAAAAAGCGUGGUGUUCCUGAUUUCUUACUGGGGGGACCAGAUCGGACAGAAAGUGAAGAAGAUUUGUGACUGCUAUCACUGUCAUCUCUACCCCUACCCCAACAGCAAUGAGGAGAGGAAGGAUGUGGUUGAAGGCCUCAAGACCCGCAUCCAGGACCUACACACUGUUCUCCACAGGACUGAGGACUAUCUGAAGCAGGUGCUGAACAAGGCCUCAGAGUCUGUCUAUACCUGGGUGAUCCAGGUGAAGAAGAUGAAGGCCAUCUACCACAUUUUGAAUCUGUGCAGCUUUGACGUCACCAACAAGUGCCUCAUCGCCGAGGUUUGGUGUCCUGUCAAUGACCUGCCUGCUCUCCGGAGGGCGCUGGAGGAGGGCUCGAGGAAAAGCGGAGCCACUGUCCCUUCCUUUGUGAAUCGUAUCCCGACCAACGACACUCCACCCACACUCAUAAGAACCAACAAGUUUACCUCAGGCUUCCAGAACAUUGUGGAAGCGUACGGAGUGGGGAACUACAGAGAGGUCAACCCAGCUCCUUACACCAUCAUUACCUUCCCCUUCCUGUUUGCUGUGAUGUUCGGGGACCUCGGCCACGGUGUGAUCAUGGCUCUGUUCGCCCUGUGGAUGGUGCUGUGCGAGAACAACCGCAAGCUGAAACGCACCAGGAACGAGAUCUGGAACACGUUCUUCGAGGGGCGCUACAUCAUCCUGAUGAUGGGCCUCUUCUCGGUCUACACGGGCCUCAUCUACAACGACUGCUUCUCCAAGUCACUCAACAUUUUCGGCUCUGGCUGGAGCGUCAAGGCCAUGUUCACGGAGAAUCACUGGACGGACGAAACCCUGCGCACAAACGCCUUGCUUACCCUUGAUCCUAACGUCACUGGGGUCUUCAAAGGACCCUAUCCCCUAGGCAUAGACCCGAUUUGGAACAUGGCGUCAAAUCGUCUGACUUUCCUCAACUCUUACAAGAUGAAGAUGUCCGUUAUCCUGGGCAUCAUUCACAUGAGUUUCGGAGUCAUUCUUGGCGUCUUCAACCAUCUGCACUUCAGAAAGAAGUUCAACCUCUACCUGGUGUUCCUGCCAGAGCUGCUCUUCCUGCUCUGUCUCUUCGGGUACCUGGUCUUCAUGAUCGUCUACAAGUGGCUGGCGUUCACAGUGCGGGACUCCAGCGAGGCCCCCAGCAUCCUCAUCCACUUCAUCAACAUGUUCCUCAUGCAGGGGGAUGCCGUGCAGCCCCUGUUCCCCGGCCAGACAGGGUUGCAGGUGUUCCUGGUAGUGAUAGCUGUGCUGUCUGUGCCUGUCCUCCUGUUGGGGAAACCAGUCUACCUGUACUGGCUGCACCACGGGGGAGGCAGCCUGGGCACAUACAGGGGUUAUGAGCGAGUGCGACGCAGCAGUGAGGAAGAGCUGUCUCUGAUGCGGGCGCACGACAUGGAGGAAGGAGUGAGCCACAGAGACCACUCCCCCAGCCGGGAGAGCCAGGCCGAAGAGUUCGACUUUGCUGACGUGUUCCUGCACCAGUCAAUCCACACCAUUGAGUACUGCCUGGGCUGCAUCUCCAACACUGCCUCCUACCUGCGACUGUGGGCGCUCAGCCUGGCGCACGCCCAGCUGUCAGAGGUGCUGUGGGCCAUGGUGAUGCGGGUGGGCCUGCGAGUGGCCACCAGGGUCGGGAUCAUCUUCCUGGUGCCCGUGUUCGGCCUGUUCGCCGUCCUCACUGUGUCCAUACUCCUGGUGAUGGAGGGCCUGUCUGCCUUCCUCCAUGCGCUCAGGCUGCACUGGGUGGAGUUCCAGAACAAGUUCUACAGCGGGAACGGCGAGAAGUUCGUUCCCUUCGCCUUCUCACUCCUGCCCUCCAGCUUCGAGCACGAUGGUUUGCUGUGAAUAGGACACUUGGCGUGACCUAUAACGGACAAUGUGACAGAGGAAUGGAAUGGCAUUGAGCCUCAUUGCUGUACAAUUCUGUCAUUCUGAUUCAUUUUUUUUUAUUACAACAAUUUGUUGCACUGAACCGCCUUACAUAAAUGCAACCAAAUAUUAGCAUAUCAAGGAUUGUUCUAAAUUCACUUGUAUACUGUAUUCCAAACCUUAGAGAUUGAAUGGCUGUUAACUGGAGAGCGCUUUGUAUGAUUUAGAUUUUUUUUCCCUUGUAUUCUGUAUGUUAAAAAAAAUUACUCUCAUUCAUGCUUUGCUUAUAGGUUUGGAUGAGUUGACUGAGAGGUGUUGUAGUGCUUUACAUGAAGGCCAGGAAACCCCCAUUUAGAUUCUGUGAAUACAGCCCUGUGUCGCAGUCUGCACGUCAAGGACGCCAGAGCAGAUGGUAGCGUCACCAGCCGGAUCUGGGACUGUGGCCGCGAGCUGAAUGUAUGUGUGUUAACGCGUUCGAUGCCGAAUGUAUCUCUGACCACACGUGGCCUACCGCUCGGACUCCUCUGCGGGACGCCUCCUCUCAGCAUUCCACGCUCCGCAGGGGAGGUCAGCACGCGGGCAGAGCUGAGGACAGCCUGCCGCGGACCGCGCCUUCAGACGCCGUACCGUGCCCCGGAUCGCCUCCACUCACCGCCUCCGCGUUAAGCGCGCUCCCCCGACACAGCUGUCGCGGCCAGCGUGGGUGUGCUGUUGCACCGUAAACGCUGGGCUCAAAGUGACCUGUCGGAAAAACAAAACGACAACAAAGGGGUGGCAUUUGUUGCGAAGUGGUAGAUUUGUGUCUCUGUGGCUUUUAGCUCCAGGCAGAAGUGUAGAGUUAUCGCAAAUAACACUGAUGACGCUGUGACUCUGAAUUCUCUAUUGUGGUCGGUGUUGAAUGGAUUUUCAGCAACCUCAGUUACGCCAUUUAACAGACGGCAAUAGGUAACAUAAUCUAAGACACAAAGACGUUUGUGGAGAUCUAGGGCAGGAUUGAAUAGACACAUUGGAUCACAUGUGAAUCAUAAAAUACAAACCUGUCUAUUCGAAGAGGGCCUAAUCACUUUUUUACACUUUCCCAGAGAGCUGAUUUGUCAUUCACCAGGUGAAUUGUCAGUAAGGAAUUGGGUCACAGCUUAUGUUCAUAUAUCCAAGGUCAAAGUUCACUGUAAUGACAAAAAGGGAUGUGGAGGGGGUAAUAUUAAACUCUGAAUUUAAGUUGAUCCAAGUGACAACAGUGUUGAGAACUUUGGAAAUGUGACAAAUUGCCAACUUUAGAGAACAUUUGUUGCAAUUGCAGAGAACAAGGUACAGUAGACUAGUACCAAGUGAGCUGCAGAUUAUGUUCCACUAGGGGGAGACAUUUGCUCUUUGGGAAUUUUUGACCAAUUGGUGAA